AUGGCCUUGGCGGUCCAUGUCCUGGCCUGCCUCCUGGGCACAGGCUCAUGGGUGGCCAUCAACGGCUUGUGGGUGGAGCUGCCCCUCCUUGUGCCGGGAGUGCCCGAGGGCUGGUUCCUGCCGUCCUACCUCACCGUGGUCAUCCAGCUGGGCAAUGUGGGCCCGCUGCUCGUCGCCCUGCUGCAUCGCUUCCUGCCUGGGCGGGUCAACGAAGUGGGCAUCGUUUAUGGCAUCCUCUCCUUCGGCUGCCUGGCCUGCCUCCUGCUGGCCUUCUUCUGGAGGGAGACCAGCGUGGUGGGGGGCUCCCCUCGCAGCGUGGCCCUGCUGUCGCUGCUCUUCUUCCUCGCUCUGGUGGACUGCACCUCCUCGGUCACCUUCCUGCCCUACAUGCGGAGGCUGCAGCCCGGCUACCUCACCACCUACUUUGUGGGGGAGGGGCUGAGUGGCUUUUUGCCUGGGCUGGUGGCCUUAGGGCAGGGGGUGGGCGUGGCUCAUUGUGCCAACAGCAGCCACGCGGGCAAUGCCACCAGGCUGCAGGUGGUGUACCAGGACCCGCAUUUCUCUGUGCGCACCUUCUUCCUCUUCCUUAGCAGCAUGAUGGCUGUCAGCCUGGUUGCCUUCGUCCUCCUCAACCACCUCCCGGCCGCCAGGCAGGAGCGUGCCAAGGAGAAGUAUCAGGCACGGCUGCAGAUAGAGAACCCCAACAACGUGCGAGGCGCAGUGGAAGACGAUGCCGUGGCCCGCCGUUCCAGCAGCCGCUCCUGGUCCCAGAUGGGGUACAUCUUUGGGGUGCUAGCCUGGGUCAACGCCCUCACUAACGGCACGAUGCCUGCUGUCCAGUCCUACUCUUGCCUCCCUUACGGGAACUUCGCUUACCAUCUCUCAGCUACACUGGCUGCCUUGGCCAACCCUCUGGCCUGCUUCCUGGGAAUGUUCCUGCCCAACCGGUCCCUGGCGCUGAUGGGGGGCCUCGCCUUGGCCGGAUCUCUCCUCGCCGGCUACAUCAUGACUACGGCGGUGCUGAGCCCCUGCCCUCCCCUUCUGCACCUGCCUGCAGGAGUCACCCUCAUUGUGCUGUGCUGGGUGCUCUUCGUGGGCAGCCUCUCCUACGUCAAGCUGAUGACUGGGCUGGUCUUGCGGGACGAGGGGCACUGGGCCCUUGUCUGGUGUGGGGUUGUGGUGCAGGUCGGCUCCAUGGUAGGGGCCCUCACCAUCUUCCCCGUGGUCAGCGUGUACGGCCUCUUCCACUCGGGAGACCCUUGCGACAGCAGCUGCCCAGGCUGA